AUGAUCGACCGGAUGUGGCUGCCGGACACCAUAGUGCGCAACAGCCAGAAGUCAGAGACGCCGGACGUCAGCCCACGUGAUCAAGACCACAUCAUUCUCAUUCAUCCCGGAGGGCUUAUUGAAUAUACCAUCAGAAUGACAACAACGUGUUAUUGUCAGGUAAAUCUCAACUCGUUUCCAUUUGAUCGCCAGACAUGCCAGAUCACCUUUGAGUCACUAAAGUACAAAAACUACGAACUGUUAUACGUCAGCCCAAACAACGGCUCGAUCACAAGAUUCGCAGCCCGAGCCACAUUUCCAACAAAGUUCAAGAUUAAGAUAAACAACUCCGCCUGCACACCUUCACUUAUCAAUCACUAUGAUGGCGAGAAAUACUCACUGUUUUGUACUCAGUUGGAGUUCAAACGCAAUCCCAAGCCCUACCUGCUGCAGACCUUUCUUCCGUCGGUCAUGCUCGUCAUCAGCUCCUGGAUCGGUUUCUUCAUCGACCACAAAUGCGUUCCGGCUCGCGUCUUCGCUCCCACGACUCUAUUUCUAGCAGCAGGCCGCAUAGAAACACAAUUUGGACACGCAACAGCAGAAGGAGCCUACCAACUUACAUGCUAUGUGUUCGUCUUUGCCACCCUCAUCGAGUUCGGUAUUGUCCACUAUGUUGCCACUAGAAAUUACUCCUCAGCGGGCAAGUGCUACCGGCGACGGAAGAGAUCCGAGUCUCCCUUGGAAAACGUGUUAAGCGCCUCAGAGUACUUGCUUCUAGACAGCGAUAUUGUGAGUCAGUGUGACACGACGUCAAAAGCAUUAAAAAGAAAUGGGAAAAUGCACAAUAAUGGCGAGAGUAGUGAAGAAUGUGUUGCUCGUACGGAAAAGGAGAGAAGUUUCUCUACGGGUGAGAGGUAUUCGCACAAAGUGGAUGUGUUCGCUCGCUUCGCCUUUCCGGUCGCUUUCUUGCUCUAUAACACCGCAUUCUGGGUUACUUAUUGUGUUUUCACGAGAAUCAGUAUUUGGGCGACCGUUUUAUAUGUCGGAGAUAUCACAAACGACAUGGACUUUACGGUUGAUAUGAUUUUUUCUCAAAGCUGGGUCGACCCGAGAUUAGAGCGUCUACUACCGGAAUCUAUGUCUCACGUGACCGUCCGUGGUGAGCUCAUUAAAAGUUUUUGGUUGCCGCUUACCAUCGUUAGCAACAGUAAGAGAACGAGGGUUCACGACGCUCCCAGUAUAAACAGCUUUCUCACACUCCAACAUGAUGGGAGAUUGAAUUACACAACAAGAAUCGAAACGACUUGUUGGUGCAGACUCGAUCUGUCGUAUUACCCAUUUGAUAAUCAGUCGUGUCAAAUGGUAUUUGAGCAGUUCGGUCAUCAAAGCGUCGAAGUUCAGUUCAAGCAACACGAGCAGAACCCACCUCUCGUCUUCUCACCUCACUGCUCCUAUCCCACAAAAUUCACACUCCUACAAAAGCAGGAAGCGUCCGGAUUGCGCCUCCUGAAAUACGAAUACAGCUAUGACGGUACUUCAAUAUUGAAGAUCAAAUUUCGGUUUAUACGAAACAUCGAGCCCAUAAUUAUCCAAUCUCACAUCCCUGCCUGCCUCAUUGUCAUCAUAUCUUGGCUCGGGUUCUAUGUGAACCGCAACUCGAGGUUCGGUCUCGGUGUGUCUCUUGUGCUCACGCUGUCUGCUCUCAGCUUCUCGUCCGGACGGACUCAUAACAUGGGGGCAAUCACUGCGAAGGACAUUUAUACAUUUGCCUGUUUUCUUUUCGUCUUUUUCAGUUUGCUCGAGUAUGGACUCGUACAGUUUCUAGGAAAUCGGUAUAGAAACAAAAUAAACGAAAGACACAAGGAAAGUGACACUUCCCUGUCCAAUCAGAAAAUGUUUGACUACGCAACUGGAAGCAGUGGAAGAACAAGAAGAAGAAGAAGAAGAAAAAGAUCACUGAUGGAGACAAGAAUGUUUAGCACAACCGAGUACACAGCCAUAGACAUGGAUGAUCUCAGCACGGACAGCAAUCUGUCAGUCUGCCUUCUCACUCCCAAUGAGCAACAUUCACUAUCAGAAUCACAACAGAAUGUUAUGUGGGCAUCAAACGCUUCAAACACAGAGACUUUGACCGCAACGAUACCAACCAAUCGUUACGGUGACACAACAAUGACCAGAAAAAUAGACUUCGUGUCUCGAUGUAUUCUUCCCUGUCUUUUCAUAGUCUUCAAUAUCAUUUACUGGUCGUGCUUCAUAAGCAGAUACAUCGCUGUACUAAAUGGAAAUUGGUAAAGACACGUUCAAGAAAUCAGUGUGAUUUCUGUAAUUGACACAUACCCGGUAUUGCUGUAGUAUAAAAAUGUGUAUAAAAUUUAGUUCAAAGGGAUGUACUCUAUUGUUUCACUAGACUUAUGUACUUGAUAUG